GCCCGCUCCCGCUGGGUCCAGAGCCGGCCACAGCGGCCUUCCUGCGCCAUGGAGCCGCCCGAGGAGGUGCGGGCGCGGCUGGAGCGAUGCGGGCAGGGCCACCUCCUGCGGUUCUGGGCCGAGCUGGGUCCCGAGCAGCGCAGAGCGCUGCUGGCGGCGCUGCCGCCCGGGCUGGGCGAGCACUGCCGGCUGGCGGCGGCGGCCGGGGCCCGCCAGCGCGGCCCAUCCGAGCGCCUGGACGGCCGGAUGGAGCCACUCCUCGCCGAGCUUCUGGGCAGCGCUCGCCGCAGCGGCCCCGCCGCCCUGCAGCGCUGGGAGGCGGAAGGCUUGUAUCAGAUCUCGAAGAACAAGGUGGCAGUGCUACUCCUGGCUGGAGGGCAAGGAACCCGCCUGGGAGUGAGCUAUCCCAAGGGCAUGUACAACGUGGGGUUGCCCAGUGGCAAGAGCUUGUACCAGAUUCAAGCAGAAAGAAUCCGCAAAGUGGAGCAGCUCGCUGGCCAGAGACAUCACUGCAAGUGUGCCAUCCCCUGGUACAUCAUGACAAGUGAGUUCACACUGGGGCCGACGGAAGAGUUUUUUGUACAACACAACUACUUCAACUUGGAUAGAUCCAACGUGAUCAUGUUUGAACAGAGAAUGCUGCCUGCUGUCACCUUUGAAGGGAAGGCCAUCUUGGAGGAGAAGGGGAAAAUUGCUAUGGCUCCAGAUGGUAAUGGUGGCUUAUACCGUGCUUUGAUGGAUAAUAAGAUCUUGGAUGACAUGAAGCAGCGUGGAAUCCAGUAUGUCCAUGUAUAUUGUGUGGACAAUAUCCUCGUGAAAAUGGCAGAUCCGGUCUUCAUAGGUUUCUGUGUUUCCAAAGGGGCAGACUGCGGUGCAAAGGUGGUGGAGAAGGCCUACCCCACGGAGCCUGUUGGGGUGGUGUGCUGCGUGGAUGGGGUGUACCAGGUGGUGGAGUACAGCGAGAUUAGCCCAGAGACUGCACAGCAGCAGCGCCCCGAGGGGGGACUGAUGUUCAAUGCUGGCAACAUCUGCAACCACUUCUUCACUGUUGAUUUCCUGGAAACAGUGGCCCAGAAAUGUGAGCCGCAGCUGAAGCAUCAUGUAGCCAUAAAGAAGGUGCCCUACAUUGACAAGGAGGGAAAUCUGGUAAAACCACUAAAACCGAACGGGAUAAAGCUGGAGAAGUUUGUGUUUGAUGUGUUCCAGUUCUCUAAGAAUUUUGUGGCAUUUGAAGUUUUGAGAGAAGAAGAGUUCUCACCACUAAAAAAUGCAGACACGGCUGACAAAGACACUCCUACCACUGCUCGGCAAGCCCUUCUGGCCCAGCAUUACCGCUGGGCCCUCAAGGCUGGGGCCAGAUUUGUGGAUGAAAAUGGUUGCAGGAUACCAGAGAAACUCAGUCUCUCAGGAACUGAAGAUCCUCCAGCGGUGUGUGAGAUUUCUCCAUUAGUGUCUUACUUUGGAGAGGGUCUGGAGGUGUACAUGAAGAACAAAGACUUCCCUUCUCCCUUUGUACUUGAUGAAACCAAAGUGGAAAUGCUGGAAAAUUCUUGAAGAGGGAAGCCUUUCCCCCUCAUCAGAUAUCUGUUUUUCAGAUCCAUUAUGAGAACUGACAUUACUAAAAUGUCAGCUAUGAAGUGCAUUAUAAAAAAAAAAAAAUGCUUUGCAGCGUUUGAUUGAUGCCAAAUCCUUGCAGCAGUUGGGUUUACACACAUGUUCAUGCCCCCCAGUUCUGUUUGGUAACUUUGAAUGCUGGGCCUCUUACCUCAGUCUGUUUUGUACACUUGGAUGUGAGUGAGGAUUAACACCCUCCAGGUGCUAAACAUAUCUUAUAUUUCUUAUUUGCUGGGCACGUGGAUAUGGAAAAGAGCUAGCCAGGGCCUAAUAAAUCAGCUUUGCAUCCAAGAAGAUUAAAUCUCUUCAGUGCCUUGUUAGGGUUUUUGUUUGUGCUGGUGUGGUUGGGUUUUUGUUUUGGUUUUGUUUCUAAAUUAUGUGCAUAGCUGCAGUCAGUUUGAGGCCCAUCCUGAAAAGUAUGGAAGGACUGUGGGUACUGAGGCCUUUCACUCCAGUGAAACAUCUUUUCCCUAAUCCUGUGAUGGUAGAGGAUCCAAUUCAGCAAUUGCAUCCUCUAAGCAGAUUAUACAGAGUCUGCUGUGUGUAGGGAUGUUGCUGUGCCUAAGCAUUGCGUGAGGUUUGGACUCCAAAGCAGUCAGACUAUUUUUGUAUCUGAGCUUGCUGGUGUCUUGUUUGGACUGAUUGCUUCUGUCAGGUGUAGUGACCUGGGGUUUUUUAAUUUAAAAAAAAAAAAAAAAAAGUUGAUGAGAAUUUUUUUCACAACCCUCUGCUCUUCAUGGCUAUAACAAACAUUUGUUUUGCUUUCCAUUUCCUGUUUAAUGUAUACCAUAUCCUUCAGACCGAGCUCUCUCAAGGAACCUGAAAGUAGUAAGAGGAACAAAUCCCAGUGGUAGAAUUUAAUGCUUAACCA